CUCGCAUCGCAUCUCUCUGGGAACGGUAUGGAAACGAAAGGUAUCGAAGCUUCUACAAUUUUCGUUCCCCCACCGACUACGUCUACACCCACCUUCAAACUCCGCAGAAUCUUCUCGAACUGACCCACUUCACUUUUUUUUUUUUUAUAUAUUCUCUUCAAAGCAAACACACGCGCAAAUACAAACACUCGACCCCAACUUCUCUGACUACGCCCAUUUUCAUUUUUUCACUUCGUUCAGGCAUUUUCACAAACACCUUGCGAUGGCCGAAGACGGAGUCGUCACACUCUACAACGGCAGCGCCAUCACUGACGCCAAGAAGAACCCGUUUUCGAUCAAGGUUGGCCUUGCUCAAAUGCUACGUGGCGGGGCCGUUGUUGAAGUCUCCAAUGUGGAACAAGCCAAGAUCGCUGAAGCUGCGGGAGCUUGUUCGGUAAUGGUGUCUGAGCCUACUAGACAAGGGAUUAAGCGUAUGCCUGAUCCUUCUCUUAUUAAAAGUAUCAAACAAGUGCUUAAUUUUCCUGUAAUGUCACGCGUACGUGUUGGGCAUUUUGUUGAAGCCCAGAUUCUUGAAAGUAUUGAGGUUGAUUAUGUUGAUGAGAGUGAGGUUUUGGGUUUUGCUGAUGAAAGUAAUUUUAUUAAUAAACAUAACUUUAGGUGUCCAUUUGUGUGUGGUUGUGGGAACCUUGGAGAAGCUUUAAGGAGAGUGAGGGAAGGUUCAGCUAUGAUAAGGAUACAAGGGGACUUAUAUGGGUCGGGUAAUGUGGCUGAGACUGUUAAAAAUGUGAGGUCUGUGAUGGGGGAUAUCAGGGUUUUGAAUAACAUGGAUGAAGAUGAGGUUUUCGCGUUUGCAAAGAAGAUUGCUGCACCUUAUGAUUUGGUGGCUCAGACUAAGCAAAUGGGGAGGCUGCCCGUCGUGCAGUUUGCUGCCGGCGGCAUUGUGACGCCUGCAGAUGCAGCGUUGAUGAUGCAGUUGGGAUGUGAUGGUGUGUUUGUGGGUUCAGAGGUUUUUGACUCCCCGGAUCCGUAUAAGAGAGUGAGGGGUAUUGUGCAGGCUAUUAGGCAUUAUAACGAUCCCCAUGUGUUGGUGGAGUGUAGUUGUGGAUUGGAGAAUGCGAUGGCAGGGCUUAAUCUUAAUGAGGACAGGAUCGAACAGUUUGGUCAAGAUGGCGUGUAAUGAGUCUUGAUUCAAGUAAUGUAUCUCUCUUGUAUGUUAUCAAGUUUACAGUUAAGUUUUUUUAGUCUAAUGUAGAGAGUAUACCUGGUUUUUCUGUCCUGUUGCUUGUUGUUGUGUUUACUUCUUUGUGAUUCUUGUGGUCCAAAAUGUUGUAUGGUGCAUCUCAUUGUGUGGAAUACAGGAAGGAAUUAGAAUAAAAUCUUUUUG